CCCCUGGGGUGCUGGUGUCAGCAGAAGCUGAAGGGGAAGUGAGGCCUGAGGGGCAGCAGGAGUGAAGGAAAGGGGAAGUUUGGGAGCCAAGCCUUGAGGAGCCUGGCAGGAAGGAGAGCAGGAGCCCACGAGACCUGAGACCUGGUCCAUCUCCCUACGGCCUCCAGCAUCUCCUGAGCUAUGAGCCAAGCCAGGGAUUUACAGGGAGGAAAAGCUUUUGGGCUGCUGAAGGCCCAGCAGGAAGAGAGGCUGGAGGAGAUCAACAAGCAAUUCCUGGAUGAUCCCAAAUACAGCGCCGAUGAGGACCUGCCCUCCCAACUCGAAGCCUUCAAGAGGAGAUACAUGGAGUUCGACCUGAAUGGAAACGGAGACAUCGAUAUCAUGGCCCUGAAGAGGAUGAUGGAGAAACUCGGGGUCCCCAGGACCCACCUAGAGCUAAAGAAAUUAAUUGGAGAGGUCUCCAGUGGCUCUGGGGAGACGUUCAGCUACCCUGACUUUCUCAGAAUGAUGCUGGGCAAGAGAUCUGCCAUACUCAAGAUGAUCCUGAUGUAUGAGGAGAAAGCAAGAGAACAGGAGAAGCCAACCAGUAGCCCCGCCAAGAAAGCUAUCUCUGAGUUGCCCUAAUUGCAGUGUGUGUGUGUGUGUGUGCGCGCGCGUGUGUGUGUGUGUGAAUCUGUGCACGGUGGGACUGAAGGGCUUUUAAUGACCCCACCAUGGAAAAAGAAGACAAAAUUGUGAGCCAGGGUCAAACUACACAAAUUAUCUUCCCCUUCCAGAUCAUGUCAGCUUUGUUUUUAUUUGGGGGACUUUUCUCCUGGGUUUGGGGAGGAAAGAAGGGUCUUUGAGGGGAAAAGAGCAAAGAUUCGCCCAAAUAAAUCAUCUAUCCACAA